CUAUUUUUUAAUUUUCAAUCAUGUCACAGUUGUAUGCUUCUGGCGCUCCUCCGUCUGCGCCCAGCUCUGCCCAGACCUCCCCGCUGCCCGUUGCCACCCCGAUGCUGUCGGUCGUCAAGGAAGGCAUGCUGAGAAAGCAAGGUGGACGUGUGCAAUCGUGGAAGGACCGCUGGUUUGUGCUUACAACAAACGAUAUUGCGUAUUUCAAGACCCGCAACAGCGAAGAGCCCAUCAAGCGCAUCCAAGUCUCGGCCAUCAAGAGCUGUGAUGAGGUUCAGGCGCAACCCGACAGCCGUGGUGCUCGCCCGGAUCACUUUUACUUUACGCUCAACACGGAAGGGCGACUUUUCACGAUUUGCAGCCGCACCGCUCAAGAGCGCAGCGACUGGGUGGCGGCCAUCCGUCAGUACCUUCCCGCCCCUGCCGUCGUGGCAUCACCGAUCGAGAUUUCGGCUGAGCAAGCCGAGGCCGAGCGGGCGGAAGCCGAAACCCGCGAAAAGGCAGCGGCCGAACUUGAAGCAGCCAAUGCUGCCGCUGCAGCAGCUGCGGUCAUUGUACCAAAGCCAUUUACUCCCGCCACUCGCGCUCCGACAUCCGACGUGCCGCUCGAACGCACGUUCGAGAUUGAGCAGUUUGUUGGCCAGAUGAAGAGCAUUGUCCGCUCUGAAAAGUUCUCAGAUAUUACUUUUGAAGUGGGCGAAAGCAACUUUUAUGCGCACAAGGCCAUCAUUGCCGCGCGCUGCCCAAAGCUUGCGGGGCUCUUCCAGGCGCAUACCGCGCGCGUUCCGCUGGUUGGCAUCGAGCCCGCCCACUUUUCCAUCGUCCUGGACUUUAUUUAUGCGGACGAGGCCGCGCUGACCCCGGCGAACGCCGUCGAUCUGUACCACGCCGCCGCCACCUACGGCUUGAGCCGCCUGCAGCAGCUCACGGAGACGUAUGUGCGCGACAACAUUUCGGUCGAUAACGUGCUCACCCUGCUGAAGGCUGCCAACCGCCGCGAGGCGCGCGAGCUCGAGCGGCUGUGCUUGGGCUUUGUCUCGGACGUUCAGCGCUACCAGUCGGUUAUUCGCCAGAAGGAGGCCACCGAAAUCGCCCAAGUCAACAAGGACUUGUAUGUUCGGCUGUCGCAGGUCCUUGCCGAGGCCCCGGAAGCGUUUGCCCACUCGCUCGGCGACGUUAUCGUCGGCCCGACCACCUUGACCAGCGACCUGCUGGGUCUGUUGUCCAGCGUGGCCCACGCAGACGUGCACAUCAAGGCGAAGGAUUCCGAGAUUUUUGCGCACCGCAUCCUCCUGGUCACUCGCUGCGAGUCUCUCCUGCACGAGGGCGGCGCCGGCAACGCCAACUUGGCUCAGAGCGGCUUUGUCACGCUGCGCCUCCCCACUCUCGAAGGCCAGGUCAUCUACACGCUGCUGCAGUAUCUCUACUCCAACAGCGUGUCGGUCGAUCGAUUGCACGACACGUACGGCCUGAUUGCGCUUGCCGACAGCGUCCAGCAGGAUCCGAUUGUCAGCGUGUGCAACGAGAUGAUGCGCCAAAACCUCAACGCGAGCACCGCCCUCAAGAUCCUCAUGGUGAGCUCCAAGUACCAGCUGCUCACGCUCAAGAAGGCCACGCUGGCUCUGAUCGUCCGCGAGUCUGGCGCCAUCUGCACGCGCAAGGAUCUCAAGCCGGUUCUGAACGAGUUCCCGAACAACCUGAUUGACAUUUGCCGUGCUCUUGUCAAAGGCGAAGGUGGUGCCUUCUCUGACGACGAGGACGACGAUGACGACGAAGAUGAGGACACGAGCGACUUUGAGCGAAUUUAGGCGUGGUUUUUUGUUUUGUGUGAGUGUGUGUGUGUGUGCUUUUCGUGUGUGGUUUGUUUCGUUGGCGGAUUUUGCUUUUAUCAAUAGCAGCAGCUUCUCCCCUUGGGGUUUAUCUCAAAA